AAAGAAGGGAGCAGGUUUGCUCAGGGUGAAGGUCGUCCAGAGUACAGAGGAGGAGCUUUCUUUCUUUCUUACUCGCUCGCGUCCUUCCGCCGACAACCACAGGAGACAAAAUUACUUCUCUCUGAGAGAGAGAGAGAGAGAGAGAGCAGGGAUGAAGCCUUCUCGUUCUUCCUUCCCAAAGGGUUUUGAUUUCGGGUCCGAUGACGUUCUUUGCCCCUACAACGACUACGACCCCUCCGUCAACCACCACCAGCCUUAUUCUUCUCCUCCUCCUCCUCCACCCCCUCCUCCGCUCAAGCCAGAGGUUAGGGAGUGUGCAUCUAGAAGAUCCUCAUCAGGCAAUACUGGUUAUGAAGGAGGUUACAAUUCUGAGGUGAUCUUCACAGUUGAAAAGGCAAUGAAAAAAUAUUCAAGCAAUCUAUUCUCUUUCCUAGAAGGAAUAAGUGGGCGCCUAUCACAAUUAGAGUUACUUUGCAGCACCAUUGAGAAAGAUAUUAAUGAGUUUCAUUCUGACUUAGCUCAUAAGCAUAAUGAGGAAAACCUAAAAUUUAUCGAUCUUGUGAAGCAUCUGCAAGAGGUUCAGCGGUCUGUGCAGAUCAUGCGGGAUAAGCAAGAGCUCGCUGAAACACAGAAGGAGUUGUCAAAACUGCAAUUGGUUCAGAGGGAAUACCCAGACACCAAGCAUACAGAUUCAAAAACAGAAGCUGCUGUUUCUACCACUGAAGUAACCAAAGUGGAAAAUUUGCCUGAUCCACAUAAUUCUGCUCUACAAACCCAAAGUGUAAUGGGCUACAGUAUAUUGCCAAACCAAAGUGCCACCUUAGUUUCACUACCAUCAUCAGCAGCUGAUCAGAACAUCCCUUAUAAACAAGAACCCUUCCAGUCAUCAACUUUGCCACCAGUGAAGUCUGCAGUUGAGUUCCAGAAGCAGGCUAGCACAAGUCAGCAACCUUACCAUUACAACCAAAUGAAGAGCAAUAUCCCGUAUCCUGCCCAUCACUCGUAUCAGACGAAGCAUGAGCCUGAUCCAUGUAGAAUCCAUAACCCACAUACUACUCAGCCUUAUCAAAAUGAAUCAAGUUCAUUUCCGCUUCCUUAUCAUCCUCAGCAACAACCUUGGGUUUCCCCUGGUCCUCAGCCACAUUUUUCUCCACCACAAGAGCAAACAGAAAUCAGAACUGAAAUGGCGCAUGCACCGCCAGUACCAUUCUAUUCCUACCAUGUACCAACUGCCCAGCGUACUAUGGUUGUAUCUUCCCAACAGAUGUUUCCCAAUCAGCUUGUUCCACAGUCCUCUGGGGUUCCUCAACCAAGUCCAGGGAGCCGGAGUGAGGAACGCUCUGGGCAUGGUGGCAACUAUGGUGGUUACAGAUACCCCAAUGCUAGUGCAUCCAACUAUCAGCAACAGCAGCAGAUGCAGGCACCACCUUUUCACCAGGCAAACCCUAAUGAAAUUAGCCGUGCACCUCACCACCUGUCGUCAACUUAUUCACAUGAUGUACCAAAAGUGGUCUAUGAUGCAGAUCUUAGCAGGCAUCCAUAUUCACAUUAUUAUCAACAGCAGAACAGACAGCAGUAGUAACAGCAGCUGCCAUUGCCAAAAAAUUUAUAUGCUCAUACGCUUGAUAGUUGUGCACGAGGGCCCCAACACGUGGGAUGGUGAGGAAUUUGCACAUGUAUUUUGAACCUUUUUGAAAAAUGGGAUUGGUUCCACCUCGAACAAAAUUCUGUUAACCUUCUUUUCAAGACUGAAUAUGUUUACUGUGUAUAUCCGAUAGAAAAGUUCAUCUGCGUGAGCAUCGGUGAGGGUGUAUGGUGUAUUAUAAAUUUAUAAGCACUGGUUGUGUGAUUGUUCUGGGGAUGUUUUGAAAACUCAUUGUUUUCAAUAAAUUCUAUACUUCUGUGA